CUCCGGCGCGGAGAGCACCAGGUAGUUGGGAGGAGAGCGGACACAAGUGUGGGAAGCCGUGGAGGAUACAAAGCUUUUCCCUGGGUCCUUCAGCUGAGCCGCACCUCCAAGAUGAUGAGUUAUUACAUGGACACGGCCAUUGGCAACGCAGCUCCUUAUCCUUUGGCUCGGCCUGGGAUGAUGAAACAAGGAGUCCCUGGUCCCUGCGAGGAUCCCUGGGUGACGUGCGGCUUCCAGGCCUCCUGCUGCCAGCCCAGGCCGUGCUGCCCGCUGUGGGAUGAACCCGCCACGCAGGAGGUGCCCACGGGGCUGGAGCACUAUGGCACAGACAUGGAAUGUGCGGAUGUGCCUUUACUAACCCCCAGCAGCAAGGAAAUGAUGUCCCAGGCACUGAAAGCCACGUUCAGUGGCUUUGCCAAGGAGCAGCAGCGGCUGGGGAUUCCCAAAGACCCCCAGCAGUGGACGGAGACGCACGUGCGGGACUGGGUGAUGUGGGCAGUGAACGAGUUCAGCCUGAAGGAAGUGGAUUUCCAGAAGUUCUGCAUGAACGGAGCUGCCCUCUGUGCCCUGGGCAAGGAGUGCUUCCUGGAGCUGGCGCCUGACUUUGUGGGAGACAUCCUUUGGGAACAUCUGGAGAUCCUGCAGAAAGAAGAGGUGAAACCGUACCCAGCAAACGGAGUGAACACCACGUACCCCGAGUCCCGCUACACCUCAGAUUACUUCAUUAGUUACGGCAUCGAGCACGCCCAGUGCGUGCCCCCCUCCGAGUUCUCCGAGCCCAGCUUCAUCACCGAGUCCUACCAGACCCUGCACCCCAUCAGCUCGGAGGAGCUGCUGUCCCUCAAGUACGAGAGCGAUUACCCCUCGGUGCUGCUGCGGGAGCCGGCGCAGGACUCGCUGCAGACCGACUACUUCUCCAUCAAGCAGGAGGUGGUGACGCCGGACAACAUGUGCAUGGGCCGUGCCAGCCGAGGUAAGCUGGGAGGCCAGGACUCCUUCGAGAGCAUUGAGAGCUACGACAGCUGCGACCGCCUGACGCAGUCCUGGAGCAGCCAGUCCUCCUUCCAGAGCCUGCAGCGCGUCCCCUCCUAUGACAGCUUUGACUCCGAGGACUACCCUGCCACCCUGCCCAGCCACAAGCCCAAGGGCACCUUCAAGGACUAUGUGCGGGACCGGGCCGACAUGAACAAGGACAAGCCUGUCAUUCCUGCUGCUGCCCUGGCUGGCUACACAGGCAGUGGGCCCAUCCAACUGUGGCAAUUCCUGCUGGAACUGCUCACCGACAAGUCCUGUCAAUCCUUCAUCAGCUGGACAGGCGAUGGCUGGGAAUUCAAACUUUCUGACCCAGACGAGGUGGCCCGGCGAUGGGGCAAGAGGAAAAACAAGCCCAAGAUGAACUACGAGAAGCUGAGCCGCGGGCUGCGCUAUUACUACGACAAGAACAUCAUCCACAAGACGGCCGGCAAGCGCUACGUGUACCGCUUCGUGUGCGACCUGCAGAGCCUGCUGGGCUACACCCCCGAGGAGCUGCACGCCAUGCUCGACGUCAAACCCGACGCCGACGAGUGACAGGGACGCGGCGACACCGCAGUCCUCGGGGAGAGCCGGCGGGACUCGUUCGGUGGUUCUUUUUUAUCGAUUUUCGCUGUUCUUCUGCUCAUUUUUUUUUCGAGGGCCACUCGGAUUCGAGGCUUUGAGGAUGUCGGGGGAGAGGGGGGAGGAAGAGGUAAACUUUUGGGAAGGAUGGGCUUUUUGGUGAUUUCCUGAAAGCUCCAAGACAGGCUUUUCUGGGGGGAAAUUUGGAGUUUUAAGAAAGCCAGAAAAAUGUAGCUCACUUAAAAAAACCAACAAUCCCCUCCCCACCCUUGGCUGUUUAGGAAAAAAUGUGAUCGAAUGGAUCCCUUUGGUUGCUCACACACAAACUGACAGGUCAGGAAUGACAAUAUUCCUGAGGAUUUGAGGAAUUUAAACUCUUUUUCUUUUGGAAAACCAAAAUGGGUGAAUAUUCUUGCUUCGGGGAGGGGCAAUACAGGGAAAAGCCAAGAAUGGUUGUUCUUGUCCCAUCACCUUUCUGUCCAUCGUCGUCUUUUCUUCAGGAGACAGAAUUUUUCCUAGGAGGGAUCAAGACUCUUUUUUAUUUUUUUUUUUAAAGUUUUAUUUUAUUAAAUUUUGUGCCAGUAUUUGUUUUUUUUUUUUUUUCCUAAAUAGUCUUAAGCUCUAAGAUGGUCUCAGUAUUGCAAUAUUGUGUGUGUUUGUUUCUGUUCUGCCAGCAGAGAGUUUUAUCCCAGGGAGGAAGAAGAGAAAAAGAGGAAUUAGUUUAUGUAGACCCCACUGGAGAAUUGGAAUGCUGGGACUGGGAUGGGAAGGAAAAUGAGCUCCAGAGUGGCUCCUGGUGAUGCUGGCUGGGGGUGCCACUCGUUUCCAGCCCCACACGCUGUGCUGAUAAUGCUGGUUGAAAUCCCUGCUUUUUUUAUUUUUUUUAUGUCUGGCUGCACAAAACCUCUCAAAAUUUCCACGGAAAAUGGCUUUUUUCGCAUUUUCCAAAUCACUUCUUUUGCUCAAGGAACACUUUGGUGCUUACAGAAAAGCUUUUGGGGGAGGGGGGAAGGGGAGAAAUUCCCAUAUUUUUGAUGUGGUAAAUGGAAAAUAUGCAAGUUAAUUGAGGGGGAAAAUCAGGAAAAAGUUCAAAACCCAAAGGGAAAUGGUUUUUCCUUCCUGUUUCCAGCAGCUCUGUCUUUAUGGCCGUGUGUGGGCACAGCAGAAAGGAAAUUGUCCCUGCAAAUGGGAUCUUUAUGGCUCCUGGGCAGCUGCUGCCACCAAUCCUGGCGGGGUGUGAGUGACACGAAGCACGGCCGGUGUCACCGGGGAUGCCUUUGGGAUCAGUCCCAGGGGAGCUGCUCCCUCUGGCCUCCAAACCUUUCCUGCAGCCGCUUUUCUCUGGAGGAGUCACUCCUGCUGUGCCCAGUGCUGCCAGGAUGCUCUGGGCAGGCUGAGGACCACGUCCCACCGCCCUUGGGGUGCGCUUGGUGAGAGUUGGAGGGUCAGGGGUGCUUUCCCAUGUCUCGAUACAAUCCCAGCGCCAGAUCCCCGCAGAUCUGGCUGCCCAAGGGAAUCUUUCACCCCCCUGGGUGUUUGCAUUUAAAGGCAGCAUUUUGUACUUUACCAAAAUCCCUUCUGCGUGUGUCUUUGGGGCACAGAGUUCAUUCCAGAGGCACUGUGGGACAGCACUGGGGUCAGGGGGGCAGAGCCUUUCCAGAGGUGAUUCCUGCCUGAUCCCAAUGGAUCAGGUGGCAGGACAGGAAUCUGUGUUAAAGAGCCAGAAUAUUCAGGCACAAACACCCCUGCAGAGGGGCAGAGCUGGAGGGGACCCCGAUCCCAAAGGUGCCCAGAGGUGCUGGGCUCUCCUCCUUUCCUCUGCAUACCUCUGUAUCCUAAAAUUGGUCAUUUCAGGGCAAGUCAGCCCCAGAACUGCUGUGUCCUUAUAAGGGGUGGUGUUGGAGGGGAAAUGGGAAGGCCAGGAGGGAGUGGAAGCAGAGAGGGGGUCCAGGAAGGGAGGCUGUUAGACCCAGGGGCUGCGGGUUGUCUGAAGGGAAGGGUGGGAUGGAUGGAAAGGAGGGAAGAGGGGAUGAAUGGAGGGUGAAGAGAGCCCCAAAGGAGGAAAGGGACGCUGCCCACUGAGAAGUGAAACGUGGGCUCAUCUCCUCGGGCAGGCAGGGAGGAGAAGGAUGGAGGCAGCCUGGCCAAGCUGGAGGGAGGAAAGGAAAAUCGGGAUAUUGUGGAUGAGAGCCCCACAGAUGAGGCUCUGGGACAGAUCCAGCCUCAGGCUGGACAGCUGGACAGGGAGCCAAGAGAGGUGUGAGGGCACAGAGAGCACAGGGAGCAGGUGCUGAAGAGCAUCCCAACAGGAAGGGUUGGAUUUCCAGCAGUCAGAGGGGUUUGUGGGAUGUUCAGGGUUGCUGCAGAGUGCCCUGAACUCACCCAUCAUGGGUCACUUAAAUCCCCCUUCCACCCUAAGAAAGGGGCUCCCAAACAUCCCAGCUCCUGCCCCUGGCAUGGGCUGUGUCCCAGGACCUCCCUCCUGCUUUGCUCGGCUGCUCCAGCUGAAAAAGGAAAAGAAUGGGAUGAAAUUCCGCUACAACAGAAGGAAUUGCAGGUUUGGGUAGAACCCCUCCCCCUGCCAGGCUAAAUCCCUCAUCCACUGGGCUUAUUCCAGGUUUCCAAGCUGGGCCUGUGCAUUCCCACUGAUUCUGGGGAGAUGCUUAAUGGUUAGGAAGGGUGAGCCAUGGGAAGCAGCUCUGGAUUUUUGGAAGUAGCCCCUGGCUGAAGUUUCUCCACCGUUUCUCCUGGCCCUUUGCCCUCCCAGCUCGCAGCCUGUGAGCAGUCCCAGACACAUCAGUCCCAUCAUUUCCUCUUUUCCUUUGCUUUUAUUCCCGUUCUAGAGGCCAUCCCAGAGAUGGGUGCUGUUUAUACACUGGAAAUGUGUGGAUUUCUCUUUGUUUCUUUUGCUUUGGUUCCUUUCUCCUUCUGCUUUUCAUCGCUGGCCUUUGGCGAGGGCUGUGCUGAGCCAGACGAGCUCAACCCAAACCCUCUGAGCUCCUUCAGGUCCACGAAAAUGUGGUGAAUUCCCACCUGCUGGCCCAGAAGGAUGGAUCUGAGAGGGAUGAUGGAGAUCUGCCCGGGCUGGGACUCCCUCCUGUGCUGCUUUCUCCAGGCAGGAGUGAAUUCCUCCUCGCAGAUCCUGUUGGAAACAGGGUCGUUUUGUCUUGGUUUGGAAUUCUCAGGUGCUCUGGGUGAGUUUUUUGGGAUAUUUUCUGUGUCCUGCUCAUUUUCUGCUGUUUCCAUGUGGGUUGGUGUCCCCUUGGCCCCUCUGGCAGAGCCUGAGCCCUACUUGCAAACAGCUUCGGGGGCCUUGACAGUUGAUAUUUGGGACCUCAAAAAUAAAGGAAAAAACCCCAAUAACGAUAAAAACCAUGCCAAUAAUGAUAAAAACCACCCCAAUAAUGAUAAAAACCAGAAGCACUUUCCUGCUGCCUGUCCCUCUCCAUCUCCACAUGUGGAAUCACCAUAAUCCUUGCACACUGGGGUGUGUCCAAGUGGAGAUCCAUGUUAUUCCCACCAUCCUGAUCCAGAUGUGACCGUUUGGGGGGAGAAAUAACCAAACAGGACAAAAAAAUAAAGAAUAAUGUAAAAUUUCACUUUCUCCUGUCUUCCCAAACCACCACCUCCUCCAAAAAACGGUCCCAAAAAGCACCAAUAAAUCCAGAUGCUGCAGGAAAUAUCUCCACCUUCUGAGUUUUGCUUUUUUUGGAGGGGUUUUCUCCGAGGUUUUAGGAUUUAAUUGCUGGUUCCUCGUGGACAUUGGAAAACUGGGAUGCCUUGGCGUGCUCUGCUCCCUGGUAAGGUCUGUGUAACACCCAGGAGCUGUUGUCUACAUUCCAAAGAGGUUUAAAUAAAGGAUAAAUCUAUGUAUACAUAUAUGUUAUAAUGGAAUAUCUCCAGGAAUUAACUGCCUCAGUAAAAAAAAAAAAAAAAAACCAAACAAAAAAAACCAACAAAAAAAGGAAGUCUUUUUUUGUUUAUUUUGGUUUUACACAUUUUUUUUAAGCUGAUAAACUUAGAAGAAGUAAAAAAAGAAAAAAAAAGAGAUUGUUAUAUUGUGCUGUUCGACUAUUUUCCAACGUGUAUUUUCAUAUAAUUUAUAUUUUUUAAAAGCGGGGGGAAAAAAAAGUUUAAAAGUGAGAUUUAAAAAAAAAAAAAACAAAAAAAAAAACCAAGGAAAAAGCAGGUGCUUUUUAAAAAAAAACCUGAGCUGAGGUAGCUUAGAGAUGUAGCGACGUGUGUGUGUGUCCGUGUGUUGUGUCUGGUUCCGUUUGGUUUUUUUUAAAGGAUUCAAAUAAAAAAAUAAAAAUCCCUCCUCCAUUGAAUUCCUGGGGAAGGAGGGGAUUGGUUUUGUUUUAAUUGCUGAUGCUGGCACAUCAUUUUGCUGGAGAGUUUUUUAUAUACUGUAGCCUUAUUUCAUAUCGUAUUUUAAACCAUGUGAAAUUAAAAGAAGAAUAAUUCCUAA